AUGGGUACUCUCGGCAAUCUCCUUUCCACUGCGGAAGGAUGCAACUUCGUCCUGAUUUGUGAAGGAGAGUUUUUCUUUGUCCACAAAUCGGUCCUCGCCGCUCAAUCCACCGUCCUCAAGGAAGCGACAUGCAAUUCUGACUUUCUCCUCGGUGAAGCCUAUGUGACAGUCGACAUUCCCCCACCUGUCUUUCGCAAGGUCCUUUGUUUCCUGUACCGGGGCGACAUCUCGGACUUCCCUGGCCUCGCUCAUUUGACCGGAUCUCAGCGCGUUUCGCCACCAGUCCAAUACUUCCACAGAACCUUCCCCGUUACCAACACUUUCCUCAAGACUGUCAUUGGCAAGCCAGCUCCCAAUCCGAGCAAGGACUCCUCUCUGCCACCCCGGGAUUUGAUCAGCAUCGAUCAAAAGUGGUCGAUCCUGGUCGGAAAGCAGUGCACUGUGAAAGAUCUCUACGACGAAAACGUGUGCAGCAACCCAGCUGCGAUUUCUCAAGAGAUGGAUGUCUAUGCUGCUGCUGACAAGCUCCACAUCUCCACCUUGAAGGAAUUAUCGAUGAAGAAGGCUCUCGGUUGGUUCGCGAAGGAACUCCAGGCAGGACUACCACUGUCGGAUGAUCUGCGUAAGAUUGCCGACUUCGUGUUGCGCAGCCAGAGAGCAUUUGUCAAACCAUUCUUCUGUAUCUACGCAAAGUUUCUUCCGACCUUGGGAAUGGACCCCUUCUUCGCCAAGCUCAUGGAGGAAUUGGACCCGGACAGCUUCGAAAUGUGCAGCAAGAUUCACUCGCAGUUCAUGGCUGAGCGCAACCAGUUCGACAAGGCACUAGAACAGAGCAAGCAGCAAAUUGCACUCCUAGAGGGCGAUGUUACUCUGCUGAAAGCCGAAAACGAGUCAGCUGCAAAGACCCUCGGGGCAAAGACGGAAAGCUUGAGAGCAGCUCUGAGCGCGGCACAGGCAGGCCAGAUCGCAGCGGAAGCCAAGGCGGACUUGCUCGGAAACCUGAAUAAGGGUCUACAGACGGACUUGCUGAUCUCCAAGGUUGAGGUUCAACGUGCCAAGGAGAAAAUUAAACCUGAACCCAAAUUAGAUGUUCAGGUGAUCAAGGACAACACUGCGAAAGACAAAGAGAUCGAAAAGCUGAAGCAAGAGAUCGCAACUGCCCGGGAGAAGCUGAAGUUCCAGAGAACUGCCCACGAUAAAUUCAAGAAAGGCCUCAAGAUCGACAAGAACGAGAAGGAGCAGCUGAGUCAAGAGUUGUCCGAUCUCCAGACCAAUUUGGAUGCCCUCAUCAACGAUAUCAACAAUAGCGGUCACUGUCAUGGGUGCAGACGCCAGUGGAACAUGAAGCUCGAUCAAGAUCGCUACCCUGCCAUCCGCCUCCGUUGCAAACUCUGCCGCAAAGAUUCCUGGUAUUACUCGAAUGGCCAAGGCUCUCGAUGA